AUGAACAACAUAACGCAGAGCGUAAAGAAGAUGAACCGCAUUAUUCGGCUGGUUCGGGGGUUGUCGUACGAGGAUGCCGUAGCGCAAUGUAAGAUGGUGCCCCACAAGGCCGCCAGAUACGUGUUGCAGACUCUGGAGGCUGCCUAUCAGGACGCCACUCAGGCAGUGGGGCUCAACGGCGAGCGACUUGUAGUGGGUGGUCCUUCGGGAGUCCCGGCAGCACCCAUCCACCUCCUUCCAUAUGCGGCAAGUGGCUCCCCUUAUGAGGGUCAUGACAGGGAGCUCGGCGCCAGUGGCGCCCUGGCUCAUGAAGAGGAGUGGUACAUCGGGGGCGGCGCCAGUGGCAUGGCCAGCAGCACGGCCACGCUUUGCCUACCGGGUCGAGGUGUAGAAGAGUAUAACAUUUAA